AUGAUGUCCCUUCGCUCCGCUGUGCGGAGAGCUUCGUGCAAGCCCCUCCGUACCCUCUCCGCACCGACUGCUUCUCCUCUGCGAGUCUCGGCUGGCAAGGCCACCUCCCUCCGCCAGACUCGCAGCUACUCUCGCGCCACCGAUCCUCACCUCACCUCCACUCGCAGCACCGUCGUGCAGCUGCUGAGCAACAUUGGGUCGAAGCGCGAGGUUCAGCAGUACCUCUCCCACUUUACCUCCGUCUCCUCCCAGCAAUUCGCCGUGAUCAAGGUCGGUGGUGCCAUUAUCACCGAGCACCUGGAGACCCUCUCCUCCGCGCUCGCUUUCCUCAACCAUGUCGGUCUUUACCCCAUCGUCGUUCACGGUGCGGGCCCCCAGCUCAACCGUAUGCUGGAGGCGGCUGGCGUCGAGCCCCAAUUCGAGGAUGGAAUCCGUGUGACUGAUGGCAAGACCUUGGCUCUCGCCCGUAAGUUGUUCCUGGAGGAGAACAUGAAGUUGGUGGAGGAGCUCGAGCGCAUCGGUAUUCGUGCGCGCCCCAUCACCGCGGGUGUCUUCUCGGCAGACUACUUGGACAAGCCCAAGUACAACCUGGUUGGUAAGAUUAACGGUGUGGACAAGGCCCCCAUUGAGUCUGCCAUCGCCGCUGGCUGUCUCCCCAUUCUGACUUCCAUGGCCGAGACCUGCGAUGGUCAGGUCCUCAACGUCAAUGCGGACGUGGCGGCCGGUGAGCUUGCGCGCUCCCUGCAGCCCCUCAAGAUCGUCUACCUCGCUGAGAAGGGUGGUCUCUUCAACGGUGAUACCGGUGAGAAGAUCUCCGCUAUCAACCUUGAUGAGGAGUACGACCACCUCAUGAACCAGUGGUGGGUGCGCCACGGUACUCGUUUGAAGAUCAAGGAGAUGAAGGACCUCCUGAGCGACCUGCCUCGCUCCUCCAGCGUGGCCAUCAUCCACCCUGCUGAUCUUCAGAAGGAGUUGUUCACUGACUCCGGUGCUGGUACCCUGAUCCGCCGUGGCAACAAGAUCCACGUCAAGACCUCUCUCUCCGAGUUCGAGGAUAUGGACGCCCUGAAGGAGGUCCUCAUCCGUGACCGUGAGGGUCUUGAUGCUCGUGCCGUCGUCGACCGUUACGUCGAGGGCAUGAAGGAGAAGGACUUCAAGAUCUUCUACGAUGAGCCCAUGGAGGCUCUCGGAGUUCCCGGCUCCCAGAUGGCUCACCUGGCCACUUUCACCAUCACUAAGUCUGGAUGGUUGACCAACGUUGCCGAUAACGUCUUCGCCAGCAUCAAGAAGGACUUCCCCAAGCUCGCAUGGACCGUCAAGGAGGACGACGAGAACCUGACCUGGUUCUUCGACAAGGCCGACGGCAGUCUGAGCCGUGACGGCCAGGUCCUCUUCUGGUACGGCGCUGAGAACGGCGAGGAGGUGAAGCAGCUGGUCCAGGAAUUCAACCAGCACGGUCGCCAGAUGUUCGGCGACAUCAACCUCGAGGCCCGUCUCCACCGUGCUGCCGAGGCCGCUGCCAACAUUGGCAAGGGCUUCGGUGCCAGCGGCGCCUCUGCUGAGCAGAAGCGCGGCUUCUCCACCGUCACCAACGCCCUGCGCAUGAACCGCACCACCCGCCCCGCUGUUGCGGUCAACGCGUUCCGUUCUUACUCCACCACCAACCCUAACCCUCCUCUCGGAGAGAAGAACAACUCCAACACCCAGCCCGCCAAGGUUGCCCUCAUCGGUGCCCGUGGCUACACUGGCCAGGCUCUGAUCAACCUGCUCAACGCCCACCCCAACAUGGAUCUCCGCCACGUCUCCUCCCGCGAGUUGGCCGGCAAGAAGCUCCAGGGCUACGAGAAGCGCGAGAUCAUCUACGAGAACCUCAGCCCGGAAGAUGUCCGGAAGAUGUCCGCCAACGGCGACAUUGACUGCUGGGUGAUGGCCCUGCCCAACGGCAUCUGCAAGCCCUUCGUCGAUGCCGUCGACGAGGGUGCCAAGGAGGGCAACGUCAUUGUUGACCUCAGCGCCGACUACCGCUUCGACCCCAAGUGGACCUACGGUCUCCCCGAGCUGGUUGAGCGCUCCAAGAUCGCCCGUGCCACCCGUAUCGCCAACCCUGGAUGCUACGCCACCGCUGCCCAGCUUGGAAUUGCUCCCCUCGUUCCCUUCCUCGGCGGCCAGCCCACCUCUUUCGGUGUCUCUGGAUACUCUGGUGCUGGCACCAAGCCUAGCCCCAAGAACGACGUGCAGUUCCUGACCAACAACCUCAUCCCCUACAGUCUGACUGAUCACAUUCACGAGCGCGAGAUCAGCGCUCAGUUGGGUACUCCUAUUGCCUUUAUCCCCCACGUCGCUGUUUGGUUCCAGGGUAUCUCCCACUCCAUCAGCAUUCCCCUGAAGCAGAAGAUGACUUCUCGCGACAUCCGUAACCUCUACCAGGAUCGUUACGCUGGCGAGAAGCUUGUCAAGAUCGUCGGCGAGGCCCCUCUCGUCAAGGACAUUGCCGGCCGCCACGGUGUCGAGAUCGGUGGCUUCGCUGUCCACUCUAGCGGCGAGCGCGUUGUUGUUUGCGCCACCAUCGACAACCUGCUCAAGGGUGCCGCCACCCAAUGCCUGCAAAACAUGAACUUGGCUCUGGGCUACUCCGAAUACGAGGGUAUUCCCCUCGACUAA